AUGAACGGGGCAAACGACGAGGUCCCUUCGAUUCCUCUAUGCGACGGGGCGCCGACGCCCGGCACGGAACGCGAAACCGAGUGCCCGGGAGCCCGGUUGCUGGACGACGUCCUAGACCGCGCCGCGCGCGCGCUUCCCGCGAACCGAACUAUAUCGACACUCAUACGCGGCAUGAUCCGCGUCGCGAGGAGGCAGCACGAGGGACUACUCGACGGACGGAGGGCGCACGACGAACACUUACAUCACAUCGAGCGAUCGAUUCGCGUCCUCGGCGAGGACUAUCGCGACGCGCAUUCCUUUCGCGAGGACUCGAACGCGGACCGGAAUCGCGCGACGGACGCGCGCGAGUGCCGCGCGGAGGCGCCCAAGAUGUCGCCGCCGCCGUCGCCUCCGCCGUCGCCUUCUCCUCCACCCGUCGAGCUUUCGCCGGAGCGACGGCGGACACGACGGAUCAAACGCGAGGCACCCAGUCUCGCGUCACUCGCGCUGGAGGCGGCGAGAGAUUUUCUCCUCGGCGGGACGACCGAGAGGGAGCGCGAACUUAUCGACGCGAGCGGGGCCGCCGCCGCCGAUUCUCCGGCGAAGCCCUCCGUCUCUACUACCAUCGAGGCGACGGACCCCGUCCCGGAGGAUGCACCCCGGGCCGUCGCCGUCGCUGCCGACGCGACCGGAAUCACCGCUGACCGCCACGACGACGCCGCGGCCGCCGCCGCCGCCGCUGCCGCUGCCGCUGCCGUUUCCUCCGACGACCGUGACGUCAUCGCUACCCUCGAUCUCGACUCUGUCCACUUUGCUCGGCCCGCGAGCGACGCCGCCCUCCCUCCGACCUCCGGUGUGACCACCGACCGGGAGGCCGACGACAUGGAGGUGGACAAAUCGGAAAUGGACGCCUAUCUCGGCCUUUACACACUGACGCCGUCGCCUUCCUCCGGCUGGCCGACGUUAAUCUUCACGGAGUCGACGACCACGCCGGAGGAGAAGCCGAAAGGGGCCGUCACUCUGCCUCGACUUCAACCUCAGCCGCAACUUUCUUCUUCUUCCUCCACCCUCGCGGAGCCGCCGUCGUUCGCGGCGGCGUCGGCGGCCGCGAUCUUCGGCGCCCCCGUAUUCGAUAUCACCACUUACCUCGCCGAGCACGCGGCGGCCGCCGUCUCCGCGGCGGGCGCCCUCGUCCCCGCUCCGCCAUCCGCGCCGGCGUCCGCCUCGGCGGUCGCGAUCCCCGCGAGCGAUGGCGAUAUCGCCGCAACCGACCGAGACGCGCCCGCACCUCGUCGCGGCGGGCGCGGGCGCGGUGACGGGAGACGGGCCGAGAGGCGCCCCGGUCCCCGGCCACAGAACGCCCCGUCGGUGUACCCCAGCAUCACUGAAGAAUGCCGCUUGUUCGUCGAGAAUCACGACCGGAAGACGUACACCUUACUCAAAAAUCGGCCCGGCAUGAGGACCAGGCAGUGCGUGCUGUGCGGGAGCGUCCUGUCGCACCCCGUUAGCCGCCAUUACAAAAGAACACAUCCCAAUUAUGUGUUCGAUAAUCAACACCCUCAUUUCCCUAAGCCGUACUAUUUUUAUACGGCCGAGAUCAGGGCGAGGUGUCCGGAAGAACUGCGUCCCCCCGCGAGCGUCGAGGGAAGAGUGCUGGGGUACGAACCCAACUUUGCGGACCUCGUGGGAUCCGAGGUGAACUUCAGGCGGCUACGGGACUUCGUGCGUGAGUGGCACAAGAUUCGGAGUGGCCUAGAGAGAGAGGCGAAGACCCGAGGCGAAGAAAGAAGAGGACUGCGAACGGAGGCCAGCGGAACCACUUCAUAGUGGGCACGGGGCGACCUGGAAGGCACCGAAGGCGUUAUCGUGUACGUCCGCCCCAGAAUGGGGAGAGGGACCAUAGGGACAAAGGAGAAAGAUCUAGAAAUAAUUUGUAGGGAGUGAAGUAGUGCGCGCGGUGGAGGCCAUUCCGCGCGCAUCUCCCGCUGCUUCGGCCUGUAUAACCAAGAUGGUUGCGUCAGGCCAUGGGAGGUUGGUGGGUUUG